CCAAAACCUGAAGCUGCUGCAGGAAGCUGGGAAUAGAAGCAAAAGGAAUAAACUUUUUAAAACACAGCUUGUGGACUUGAAUUUUCAAGCUACUCUCAGAAAGGAAGUUGUCUGCAGAAAUAACCGGGAUUCAUGCUAAACUGUGUGACAACAAUUUGCAAUGAAACAUCUGCUUAAGAUUCAGUAGAUUUUCCAGCGCAGGUCAAGAUCUUACUGACGAGAUUAGUCCUGGUUUCACCAUGAUCACUGUGGUUCUGCUCAUCUGGACUGUGCCCUGUGUAGCUAAUCAACUUCUCAGUGGCUUUGUUAAAGGAGAAUUUCCGAAAGGUUCCCACCAGCUCAUAUGCAGCAUGCCAGGGCCACAGGGCCCUCCUGGCCCUCCAGGAGCACCAGGGACUCCAGGAAUAAUUGGGCGAAUGGGGUUUCCAGGGAAGGAUGGAAAAGAUGGCGAGGACGGGGAGAAAGGAGAGCAUGGAGAGGAAGGUCCCCAAGGCCGAACUGGAAACCCAGGCAAACCAGGACCAAAGGGGAAAGCGGGUGCCAUCGGCAAAGCAGGUCCACGAGGUCUGAAGGGUAUUAAGGGAAAUCAUGGGAAAAAUGGAGUGCAAGGAAAGAAAGGACCCAAAGGGAAAAAGGGCGAUACCGGGAUGCCAGGACCAUGCAGCUGUGACACCAAAAAAGCCAAAUCUGCCUUUUCAGUCGCAGUCACCAAAAGCUACCCGAGAGAGAGGCUGCCCAUCAAAUUUGACAAGAUCCUUAUGAAUGAAGGAGGGCACUACAAUGCUUCCAGUGGGAAAUUUAUAUGCAGCAUUCCUGGUAUUUACUACUUCACUUACGACAUCACUUUGGCCAAUAAACACUUGGCCAUUGGGUUGGUCCACAAUGGGCAAUACCGAAUAAAGACUUUUGAUGCCAACACUGGUAACCACGAUGUGGCCUCUGGAUCAACCAUUAUUUCCCUGAAGCAGGACGAUGAGGUGUGGUUGCAGAUCUUCUACUCGGAACAAAACGGGCUCUUUUAUGAUCCCUACUGGACAGACAGUUUAUUUACUGGCUUUCUUAUAUAUCCUGACCAGGAUUAUCUCAAUGAAAUAUAGGAGGAGACUGUCAAAAUAUAGGAAGCGAGUUUGGGAGCUUAUACAAGCAAAGUACAGCUUUAAGUGUGUAUGUGUGAGAUAAUCAUAGGACUCUAUUGGCUAGUUGGAAGUCUCCCAUACCAUUAAAGCAUUGUAUUUGAAUGUCAUUUAAGUUUUAGCACAAGCUUUCCUAUAACCUUUACCCAGGAGCGGCGCCAGGGUUUCUGGUGCCCUAGGCAG